AUGAUUGGGUUGGAGAUGAUUUUGGGGUUUGAUUGGUUGUUAAAGAACCAGGUAUUGUUGGAUUUCUUUGAGCGAUCGAUUUGGUUUAUGCCAGAAGGAGAAGGAGGAGCAGUGAUAACCGAGGGUUAUUACCUGAACUCUAUUUUGGUGAAUUGUAGUGGAGAAGAGUGUCAGGGUUAUAUACUAUUGGCGGUGAAUGCAUUAGGUGAUGAACAGAGGUUAGAUCAGAUUCCGGUAGUUAGGAAAUUUCCAGAAGUGUUCCCGAGAGAUAUUCCCGAUUUUCCUCCUCAAAGGGGGAUUAAAUUUGCGAUUGACUUGGUACCAGGAGCCAAACCAAUCUCAAUUGCACCGUAUCGAAUGACUCCAGUAGAGCUGGCUGAACUUAAGAUCCAAUUGGAAGAGCUUCUGAACAAGAAAUUCAUCCGAUCGAGUGUGUCUCCGUGGGGAAUGCCAGCUUUGUUGGUAAAGAAGAAAGAUGGGGCAAUGUGA